GCAGCGGUGGAGAAUGUUGACUCGACUUGUAACUUGACUUCGCUCCGUGUCUCGCUUUUACGCAUGAAAGACUUAAACAAUCCCAUUUAAGAAACGACAACUUUUGGAAACAGGCUAGAGAUGCGAGUUUGGACAGUGAGCGAUUGCGUUGAAUGAAGCGCGGAGAAGCAGCGGAGAUUGAAGAGGUGUCAGCUCCAGCGUGAGUGGAGGAGCGCGGGGAGGAAGAAGCCAGGAGCGCCCGAGGGAGGUUCACUGGUGGUGUACCGAUGCGGAGCUGCUGCGAAGUACACGGGGUUGUGACACUGGAGGCGGCGUUGUUGUUGUAGGUGAUCCCGGUGAUCUGCGGAUGAACUCCCGGAGCGAGCCGAGGUCAGAGCCGACGGGCGAGCUCUGAAGUCGGAGUAGGCAGGCACAGCUCCGGGGCGCGCCGCUGCUCCAUGGAUCUUAACACUUUUGGGGAAUUCUGAAACUGGAUUUGGGAAGUGACUUGGACCAACCUGCUCCUUUCACGGAACCGAACUGAUUUGUGGGAUAUUUUUAGCGCAUAACUUGUGGAUUUUACUGUUUUACGCACGGUGGAUGUUUAAUAUGCGAGGAUGAGUCCGCUGGCGUUCGUGCUCGUUACGGGAUUACUGAGUUUACGAGUGGAUGGAUCCCGGAUGCGUCAGGAAGACUUCCCACCUCGGAUCAUGGAGCACCCGUCGGACCUGAUCGUGUCCAAGGGCGAGCCAGCCACCCUCAACUGUAAGGCCGAGGGUCGCCCCACCCCUACUGUGGAGUGGUACAAGGAUGGCGAGCGUGUGGAGACGGACAAGGACGACCAGCGCUCCCACCGCAUGCUGCUCCAGGGGGGGUCCCUCUUCUUCCUCAGGAUCGUGCAUGGGCGCCGCAGCAAGCCGGAUGAGGGCUUGUACGUGUGCGUGGCCCGGAACUACCUGGGAGAGGCGGUCAGCCGGAACGCGUCUCUGGAAGUAGCAUUACUUCGGGACGACUUCCGGCAGAACCCCACAGACGCAGUGGUGGCAGCCGGGGAACCAGCUAUCCUUGAAUGUGUGCCCCCUAGAGGCCACCCUGAGCCUACCAUCUACUGGAGAAAGGACAAGAACCGCAUCGAUGACAAGGACGACCGCAUUACCAUUCGAGGAGGGAAGCUGAUGAUCUCCAACAGCAGGAAGAGCGACGCGGGCAUGUAUAUCUGUGUGGCCACCAACAUGGUGGGCGAGAGGGACAGCGAGACGGCACAGGUCACUGUGUUUGAGCGCCCCACCUUCCUGAAGAGGCCCAUAAACCAGGUGGUGCUGGAGGAGGAGUCUGUGGAGUUCAGAUGCCUGGUCCAGGGAGACCCUCAGCCCAACGUGAGGUGGAGAAAGGACGAUGUGGACGUUCCCCGUGGGAGGUAUGAGAUAAAGUACGACAAAGAUGACUAUGUUUUGAGGAUAAAGAGGACCUCGAUCGGGGACGAGGGUGUGUUCAGCUGUGUGGCCGAGAACCGUGUGGGGAAGCUGGAGGCAUCAGCUACUCUCACUGUCAGAGCUCGGCCCGUGGCUGCCCCCCAGUUCGUGGUCCGUCCCCGUGAUCAGAUCAUUGCUCAGGGACGUACAGCCACUUUUCCCUGUGAGACCAAAGGGAACCCCCAGCCCGCCGUCUUCUGGCAGAAGGAGGGUAGCCAGAACCUACUUUUCCCAAACCAGCCUCCUCAGCCCCACAGCCGUUUCUCGGUAUCACCCGGAGGAGACCUCACCAUCUCCAAUGUCCAGCGCUCCGACACAGGAUACUACAUCUGCCAGGCCCUCACUGUGGCUGGGUCAAUCCUGGCCAAAGCUCAGCUAGAGGUCACGGACGUGCUGACAGACAGACCCCCUCCCGUGAUCCGCCAGGGCCCCUCCAACCAGAGCCUGCCCCGGGACAGUGUGGCUCUGCUACGUUGCCAGGCAUCCGGAGAGCCCAUCCCCUCUGUCAGCUGGCUCAAGGACGGGGUCAGUCUGCUGGGGAAAGACCCUCGUAUGUCCCUCCAGGAGCUGGGCAGUCUACAGAUCAGGAACAUCAAGGUGUCUGACUCGGGCAUCUAUACCUGUGUGGCCACCAGCUCCAGUGGGGAGACUUCAUGGAGCGCCUUUCUGGAAGUUAAAGAGUCUGCUGGAACGGGGGUGGUGAAGAGUCAGGAGGAGCCGGAGUUGCCCGGACCCCCAUCCAAACCUCAGGUCACUGAUGUCACCAAGAACAGUGUGUCCCUGUCAUGGCAGACUGGGGCCUCUGCCACUGCACCUGUCUCCUCCUAUGUCAUCGAGGCUUUCAGUCAGUCAGUAAGUAACAGCUGGCAGACAGUAGCAGACCAUGUGAAGACCCCUCAGUACACCGUGAAGGGGCUGCGUCCAAACACUAUCUACCUGUUUAUGGUGCGAGCAGUCAGUAACCAGGGAGUGAGUGACCCGAGCACCAUGUCCGAGCCUGUCAGGACACAAGACAUCAGCCCUCCGGCUCAGGGUGUAGACCACAGGCACGUGCAGAAGGAGCUGGGGGAGGUCCAGGUCAAGCUCCAUAACCCAGUGGUCCUCAGUCCCACCUCCAUCCAGGCCACAUGGACCGUGGAGCGGCAGUCUCAGUUCAUCCAGGGGUACCGGGUACUGUACCGGCAGGCAUCCGGGCUCCCAGCUCCGGGUCCCUGGCAGACUGUGGAGGUGAAAGUCCCCUCUGAGCGCAGCGUGGUGCUAACAGGGCUAAAGAAGGGCAUCGCCUACGAGAUCAAGGCCCGCCCAUACUUCAGUGAGUUCCAGGGCAUGGACAGUGAACCCAGGACGGCACGGACCACAGAGGAGGCCCCCAGUGCCCCUCCUCAGCAGGUCACCGUCCUGACCGUGGGCAGUCAGAACAGCACCUCCAUCAGCAUCUCCUGGGACCCCCCUCCUCCGGACCACCAGAAUGGCAUCAUCCAGGAGUACAAGAUCUGGUGCCUGGGCAACGAGACGCGCUUUCACGUGAACAAGACUGUCGACGCCGCCAUCCGCUCGGUGGUGGUGGGCGGGCUGCAGAUGGGCGUGGUCUACACGGUGGAGGUGGCAGCCAGCACCAGUGCAGGGGUGGGGGUGAGGAGUGAGGGCCAGACCAUCUUCAUAGGUAAAGAGUCCAGGGAUGUGUUCAUCCAUGGUAACCGCAACAACAGCAUCACAGAGCAGAUCACAGACGUCGUGAAGCAGCCGGCAUUCAUUGCGGGCAUCGGAGGGGCGUGCUGGGUCAUCCUCAUGGGAUUCAGCAUCUGGCUCUACUGGAGGAGGAAGAAGAGGAAGGGCAUGAGCAACUAUGCAGUAACAUUCCAAAGAGUGGAUGGAGGUCUCAUGAGCAACGGGAGUCGUCCCGGGCUGCUCUCGUCCUCUGACCCCUCGUACCCCUGGUUAGCAGACUCUUGGCCGGCCCCCAACCUUCCAGUGACCAGCAACUCCGGAGGCCCCAACGAGCUCAGCAACUUCGGACGCCCAGAUCACUCCAGUGCCCAGGAGAAGAGCGCCACCAUGCUCUCAGAUGGAGCCAUCUACAGCUCCAUAGACUUCACCAGCAAAACAAGCUACAACAGCCCCAGCCAGACAUCCCAGGCUACGCCCUAUGCCACCACCCAGAUUCUGCAUUCCUCCAGCAUCCACGAGCUGUCUGUGGAGCUACCCGACCCCCAGUGGAAGGCGUCUCUGCAGGCCAAGCACGAGAUGACCAGCCUGGGCUACUCGCUGCCAGAGAAGGGCUCUUGCAACAACAGUGGGAAAGGAGGGAAAAAGAAGAAGGCCAAGGCUGGGUCCAAGCAGACCAAAGCUAACGGCGCAAACUGGGCCAAUGUGCCUCUUCCUCCGCCCCCCGUACACCCCCUCCCUGGGACCGACAUGGACCACUACCCUGGAGACCUCCACGAAACAGGAGGCUAUGACAGUGACGGCUGGGGCCCCCCAAUCCCCGUGCAGACCUAUCUGCACCAGGGCAUGGAGGACGAGCUGGAGGAGGACGACGAAAGGGUCCCCACACCGCCCAUCAGAGGGGUGGCCUCCUCUCCGGCCACAGUCUCCUUUGGUCAGCAGUCUACCGCCACCCUCACCCCCUCCCCACGGGACGAAAUGCAACCCAUGCUCCAAGCCCACCUGGAUGAGCUGACCAGGGCCUACCAGAUGGACAUGGCCAAACAGACAUGGCACAUGCAGGGCGGCUCACUCCCUCCCCAGGCCCCUGCUCCUCCAGUGGGGUACGUGUCCAGCACAAUGGUGUCGGGACUGGAGACCGAUCUGCCCGACGAUGAAGAGGAGGAAGAGGACGAGGAGGACGAAGGCUACGGGGCCAGACUCCCCCGAGGCCUGGAGCACACACCUGGAUCCAGCAUGGACAACCUGGACAGCUCCCUCACAGGCUCCAUGCUGAACGGCUGGGGGUCAGCCUCAGAGGAGGAGGGGCCCUUCUCCAGUCAUAGGUCUAGCCUGGGCAGCUCCUCUGAUGGCUCCAUCUUCACCCAUUGCUCCUUCACCCAGGCCCUGGUGGUAGCAGCCGACCGAGUAGGCUACAGGCUGGAGGGUACGAGUCUGAGCAAGAGAGGUAAAGUCCUGUCCCACCGACCGCAGCCCAGCAGUCCCUUCUCCACAGAUGGCAGCACAGGGGGCUCCCACAGCCUGGGGCACCCGAGGGCCCCCCGAGGCCAGCGCAAGGGCCGCACCCCAGGGACCACGACCCACCGGAGGGACCCUGCAGCAGACGACCUACCUCCUCCUCCAGAGCCCCCUCCCUGUCAGGGCCAGGGGGCCCGCAGUGUGGGCAGUGUUGUGACCCCCGGAGACAGGAAGGCAUCCUCUCUGGAGCGGCCCCCCAUGUCUGGGCCCCCCCUGUCCGGGCCCAUGGAGCGCCAUAGACAGGUCCAGGAGAGGCUUGGCUCCAUAGACCGCUCCGAAGACAACCGCAGGGCACACAAAACAGAAGAGCCGUGCGUCCCCUACAGUAAGCCCAGCUUCCCCUCCCCCGGGGCCCAUAGCUCUUCUGGGACCUCCUCCUCCAAAGGCUCCACGGGGCCCCGUAAGAGUGACGGGCCCCGGCAGCCGCAGCAGUGGACAGCCCUGGAGCACGCUGACUUCCUGGGGGCCAACGGACAGGGACACUUCUCAGGAGAGUUAUAGUAACCUGCCAUCCAAUCCCGAGCGAGGAGCUGUUGUGAGUGUCAUUGUUGCGAGCAGCUCCCUCUGCUGUUCAUGGACUGCCUGGUGUUUGGCGUGUGCGUGGGGACAGCACACACACUGUAAAUGUGCUGUAUAGACUCCCACUCAUGUUUGUACCACAAAAAAGAUUCCCCUCAUCCACCCAUGAUGUUUGUCCCACAGAAGAACAGACUCUGGCCCGGACAGGGCUCUUGUUUGCUGUAAAUAUCUUCACUUUGUUGCAUUGUUGCAUUGCUAUGCAAGCCUCCUUCAGUUUGAGCUCUGGUUUCCAUGGGUUACUUGUACUAUAUGUGAAAUGAGUGGCUGUUGU